AUGUUUACCAAAGCUCUCCUCUACACCACAUGUUUACCAAAGCUCUCCUCUACACCACAUGUUCACCAGAGCUCUCCUCUACACCACAUGUUUACUAGAGCUCUCCUCUACACCCCAUAUUCACCAGAGCUCUCCUCUACACCACAUGUUUACCAGCUCUCUCCUCUACACAUCAUGGUCAUCAGAGCUCUCCUCUACACCACAUGUUCAUCAGAGCUCUCCUCUACACCACAUGUUCACCAGAGCUCUCCUCUACACCACAUGUUCAUCAGAGCUCUCCUCUACACCCCAUAUUCACCAGAGCUCUCCUCUACACCACAUGUUUACCAGCUCUCUCCUCUACACAACAUGGUCAUCAGAGCUCUCCUCUACACCACAUGUUUACCAGAGCUCUCCUCUACACCACAUGUUCAUCAGAGCUCUCCUCUACACCACAUGUUUACCAGAGCUCUCCUCUACACCACAUCUUCAUCAGAGCUCUCCUCUACACUACAUCUUCAUCAGAGCUCUCCUCUACACCACAUCUUCAUCAGAGCUCUACUCUACACCCCAUAUUCAUCAGAGCUCUCCUCCACACCACAUGUUCAUCAGAGCUCUCCUCUACACCACAUGUUUACCAGAGCUCUCUACACCACAUCUUCAUCAGAGCUCUCCUCUACACCCCAUAUUCAUCAGAGCUCUCCUCUACACCACAUGUUCAUCAGAGCUCUCCUCUACACCACAUGUUUACCAGCUCUCUCCUCUACACAACAUGGUCAUCAGAGCUCUCCUCUACACCCCAUAUUCACCAGCUCUCUCCUGUACACCCCAUAUUCACCAGCUCUCUCCUCUACACCCCAUAUUCAUCAGAGCUCUCCUCUGCACCACAUGUUUACCAGAGCUCUCCUCUACACCUCAUGUUCAUCAGAGCUCUCCUCUACACCACAUGUUUACCAGCUCUCUCCUCUACACAACAUGGUCAUCAGAGUUCUCCUCUACACCACAUGUUCAUCAGAGCUCUCCUCUACACCACAUCUUUAUCAGACCUCUCCUCUACCUCAUAAAUUUAUUAAAGUUUACUAA